AUGUCCAACCCAGCGGAGAGGGUUGUACCUAACAAGCGAUCGCGCUCGACUCCCACAGAAGCCGAAGCUCAGCAUGCAGAAUCUCGAUAUGCGAUCGACCUGACGGAGGUGACGCCUGCCGAUCACGACAACGAGUCGCAGAGUAAAGCAGCGAAGACAAUGCUGGAACAUCAGACAGGGAUUGAAGGGCACAAUGUACAAGAUAGUGUGCAAGAGCAUAGCGAUGAAGCGAACACGGCAAAUUCACGAAGGUCUUCGGCGUCGACUGAACUUUUGCAGAGCUACUGUAAAGCCCGGGCUGAAUUAGGAGGUGAUGUUGCAACUACCGCAGAAUACGACACAUAUAGUCAAGGUGAGGGCAGGACCACAGCAGAUGCUCACUAUGGUAUCACACCUAUGACAUGUGGCAACCUGGCUUCGACAUCUCCAGGCACAGCGAAUUCUCAACCUGAGGGAGCGCUUCAGAAGCAAUCGAAUUUAGCUUCUCAGCAGUCUCAAUGGGAAGACACGGAAUCCGACGGGAGCGAUGGCGGAAUUCCCCUUACUCAACCUUCCAGCCCAGGUAUAUCGUAUGAUGCUCUUCCUGAAUCUCACAAUGGACAAGCCACGACUCCUGAAGUCGCGAUCUCUCCGGCUCAGAAUCCUGAAGCGCUCCAGAACGUACUAUAUUCUUCACUCCUGCAGCGCUUCCCGGAAAUUAUAGAUUCUGACGAGAGUGACGGUGGCAUUCCACUUCCUCUGCCUUCCAGCUCAGAUAUAUCAUCUCAGCCAGAAACUCUCUCAGAAGCAGAUUCAGACGACAAUACCGCACCUCAGUCAGAGGCAUAUUCAGAUGACACUGAGCCAUCUUUCUUAUCGCAAGAAGACUUCUAUCUGCAGCCGCAGCCCCCACCGAUCCCUUCUCCGUCGGAACCUCUCUCAGAAGCGGGUUCAGACCACAACACUGCACCUCUCUCAGAAGCCGAUUCAGACGACAAUUCCGCACCUUGGUCAGAAGCCGAUUCAGAUGACACUGAGCCAUCUUUCUUAUCACAAGAAGAUUUCUAUCUGCAGCCUCAGCCACCACCGAUCCCUUCUCCGCCAGUAUUUUCCCCCUUUGAAAGCGCGGACGAACCAAUUCAGCCAUCCACCUCAGCACCUCGACCUUCGAAUCACGGCCCAAGAUUCUCACCCGGUAGAAAUUCCGUCGUGGCAAUUGCAAUUCCUCCUCCCGUAGGCCACUCGGAAUGCUGCCAACAAGCAGGCUGGAACGUGCUACAAAACAUCAAUCACCGGCUAUACCGUAUGGGUAUAAGUCUGUUCUUCAAAGAUCAGCCGUUGAGCGGCUCGGCGUGCGAACGUUGUCGGUUGCUGGCACGGCCGUGCAAUCAGAGCUUUGGGUUGCCGUGUGUGGGAAGGAUUAGUUGGAUCGCGGGGAAGCCGGCUUUGUGA